AUAAAGUGUAAUUGUGAUGCCAAGUAGAUAAAAAAUUAACCUGCAACUUGAUUAAUGCGCGCAUAUGAUGUUUAUAAAAUAUGAAUUAAUAUGUAUAAUCGUAAAUAGUUAGAAAAUAUCUAGUCGGGAGAGAUUUAAAAUAUUUUUAUUCGAUAUUUUUAUACACAGCUAAAAAGAAGUGUGUCGAAUAAGCUAUCCAAUAGAGGUUAAAUUUUUAAAUUUGCCGGUGGUUUGUCCAACGAUGAUGGCGGCGGCGGCAGUCGUAGCAGUGGCGGCGCGGCGGUGGCGGCGAGUGUAGCUUCGGCUUCGGCGUCUGGGUUAGAGGCCGUAUAUGUUCGACCGACGUGAUUCCCUGUGACUCCUGUGAGCGCUGUGAACCCCGGUGAAUCCGCUCCUAUCGAUUGCGCGGUUGCACUGACGUACGGUACGUGUACGUUUCUUAACAACGUUAGGACACCGUCUCCUCUUUUCCAUUCGUCUGCCCCGGCGAUCACGCCGAUUGGCGUGACAUAAGUGACCACUCGAGAGGCCAGCGGCUACGUGACAAGAUGACCCCAGAAGGAUAUACGCGCGUUUACGUGGGCGGGUUGAACGAGAGCAUCAAAAAGGAAGAUCUGCAGAUGGAGUUCGAGAAGUACGGCAAGCUGAACAAGGUGUGGGUGGCGUUCAAUCCGCCAGGCUUUGCCUUCAUCGAGUUCUUCAACAUGAACGAGGCCGAGCUAGCGUGCUGCAACAUGAACGGCAUGGAGAUAAUGGGUGCGAAAUUGCGAGUCGAGAUCUCCCGGGGUAGGGGCCGUGGGGGUGGUAGAGGUGGUGGCUCAGGUGGCUUCAGGGGCAGUCGGCAGGGGGUUGGCGGUAGGGACUUCGGCUCUCGGGGCGGCUCUACUGGGGCCGGUUACAGGGGCAGUACUUACGCUGAUUACGGAGGCAGCUAUUAUACAGGCAGGGGUGGUGGAAGUAGGGGCAGAGGUCGUUACGGAGAAGACUAUAUGUACAAUCGCAGCGGCGGGUAUGUUACGCGCGACGGAUAUACGCAGGAUCUCUACGGUGGUAGUAGCGGGGACAUCGGCGCCGACUACUAUACCGGGAAGGACACGAGCACAGCGAGGUAUCGAAGCCGCUCUCCCGCCGGCCGUGGCAGUCAUCGUCAUCUACGUGAAUGCACAUAAAAGAACUACGCUGCGUCUUGCCAAUCUGAACUGCGGGCCGAACAGCCACCCGCCUCGACGACUUCAUUUCUGUCCAACCUACACAGCGACCUGUAUAUAAACAAGAACUACCAUUGCAGUUUGCGCUGUGCAAAUGUUUUCCGUGCACCGUACCACUUUUCCCAUACAAUCCAUGUGGUCGCUGCCGCGGAAAACAUUUUCUAUUAACUCAAAAAGUUCCCUAGAAAACAUUUUUACGCGAGGCGCAUGAACCGUGCACGAACCGCCGGGUUCGAACGAUUAAUAUUUGAAAACGUAAUUAAUAUAGGACUGUAAUCUAUAGAGACUAUAAAACUAUUUACAAUUAUCAUUUUACUUUUGAACCGAAAUUUUAUUGCGGGUUUUUAGAUCUCUCCUUUCUUUGGUCGUUAAUAACACACGUUUUUAGACGUAUAGGAUUUUUGUUUGGUUUACAACUAUGAGACAGAUUUCAAGACAGAUUCAUUUGCAUUCAUAUACUCUCACGACCGUUAAAAUAAUAGCAUCUCGUAAUUUCGAGCUUGGCUUAGCUUACUAUUAUUUUCAGCUUUCUGAUAAGUUUUGAGACCGCGGUUAUGACGGUCUAUAAUCUUGUGAAUAUCAUUAUUACAUACUUAGAUAGAAACGUGUGCUCGCUUAACGUUCUACGAAUAGUAACGAUUUUAUAUGGAAUCGGAAAGGAGACAGUAAAAUAGCGCAUCACACUAGCCAAAUGCAAACUGCUACUCGCAUACAAAAGUUAACAAUUACUGUGCAAAGUCAGAGGAAAAGCAAAGUAGUAAUCUUGAAAAUUUCAACGCACAAAUGACGAGAUCAAAAAUCAUUGUGAAGCCAAAGCGUUCGCGUCUACACGAUAUAUCUUUCACGCGCUUCGAUUUUGUGAUACACGUGCGGAAACAGUGCUGCAUUUGGAAAGAGACAACUGAUCAUCCACUUUUGUCAUUUUGGAUGGUCAUAAAUAAGAAAGUGAUAAAAAUAGUGGUAAUGAUGUAUAUUAUCUCCACUGUAAAAGAUGGAAUUGGAAAUUGAGAUAUUAAACGAUUUGCGCUCUA